AUGACAAACAAACCUGUCAAGCUUAUUGUCAAUGGGGAUGAUCUUGGAUACUGCAUACCUAGAGAUUGUGGAAUAAUCGAAAGUUUCUUGCAGGGAAUGAUAACGAGCACAUCACUAUUAGUGAAUGGUCAAUCUGCUCAAUAUGCAAUCAAAGCAUGUCGGAAACAUGCAAUCCCCAUAGGAUUGCAUGCUAAUUUAACUGAAGGAAAACCAGUCAAUGAUUAUAAUUACAAAACGUUAACGGAUCAUGAUAACUUAUUCUGGGGCAAGUUUGGAUUUAGAGAACGUUUAACAAGCGGCGAUAUUUCCUUAGCUGAGGUUGAGCAUGAAAUUGAGGCUCAGGUUGUAUGGUUUAUCAAUCAUGCCAAACAACUACCAACCCAUGUCGACGGACAUCAGCACUGCCAUGUUUUACCUGGUAUAAAUAAUGUAUUCGCCUCAGUUAUUAGCAAAUUCGAUAUUAGGUGGACUCGUAUGCCCGUCGAAAAAAAUCUUGAGUCAUGUAACUGGCUAACAGAAGCUCAAAUUACAUUCUAUACCUCUGUCGUUCAUGAAGCCAUCAGUUCUAAAAGUGUGUUCGAGAACUACGGAGUAAAAUAUACUAAUUACUUUGGAGGUUUAAGCCUGAUGGGGAUAAAUUUAACGAAGCAGAGAAUAAUAGAUUGGAUCGAUCAAAUUAUAAACGAAAAAGCAAAUCAUUCAGUGAACAAUGACUCUGUUACAUGCGAAUUAAUGGUUCAUCCUGGAUAUCCAUGUAAAGGUGAUGGUGGCUGCGGGCAACCACCAGACAGCUUUUCGAAGUCUCCUGCAAGAGAGCACGAGAUGGAAAUGAUGAAGGAUAGGACUCUACGUACAUUGCUACUACGGAAAUGCGACUUUGUUAGCUAUAAAACUUUACAACCUUGA